UUAUUCAUUCUCUGAAAGUGACAGAGUCCAGCAAAGUCUCAGCAUGAACUGAUCUUGCCUUCCAAAUUGACUGAGCUUCAGAGGUUCGUCUUUCUUUGCUAAUGGAGAAUUGUGGUGCCAACCCCAGUUGAUGUUGGCCAUUUGCUCAGUAAGGGCCCACUGGAUAAUCAGCCUUUUCUCAGACCCAUUUAGGCCCAAACAUUGCACUGUUACUCAGAACCACUGACUGCAUCUCAGUAGAUAAAUAUGUUCAACCACUAGAUAGAGAAGCUUCAGAUAUAUCAUACCAACUGACCAAAGAUUUGAUCCUUCUACUGUCCCAACCCUCACACCUACCAAAUGAGCAUAGGACAUCUAAUCCAACUACAGUCCCUUACAACUACAAACUCAGCAUAGGACUUCUGAUCCAACUACUGUCCCUACAUCUACCAACUGAGCAGAGGACAUCUGAUCCAACUACUACCCCUCACAACUACCAACUGAGCAUAGGGCAUCUGAUCCAACUAUUGUCCCUUACAUCUACCAACUAAGCAUAGGACUUACCAACUGAGCAGAGGACAUCUGAUCCUGCUCAGUUACAUCUAAGGCAAAUGUUUUCUAAUUCAUCUAUGGUUCAUCAGAUCUGAACAGUUAAAGUUAUUUGACUCUACAACUCUUCCUCUAAUCUGGAGGAGAUUAGACCUGCAAGACUAACAGCAAUAAACCAACCACAGAGUUGUGCCACCCUGGUGACUAUUCCUGCAGAGCUUAAAGCCCAGGCUGUGGUUUCUGGAUCCUUAUACUUAGUUAAAUAUACACAGAACAUAUUUACCACCGUUCCAGAUCUGUUGUAAAUCUGACUGAGACAUGGCUUUGGUUGUGCAUCUCCUGUGCUGCCUGUUGGGACUUGGCUCUUGGGUAGCUAUCAAUGGAGUCUGGGUGGAACUGCCCCUGAUUGUACCACAUGCUCCAGAGGGCUGGGAACUACCCUCCUACCUCACCCUCCUAAUCCAGUUUGCCAACAUUGGCCCACUAGCAGUUACUCUUACUCACAAAUUCCGACCUGGGCGUCUGAAGGAGGCGCCAGUGAUACAUCUGCUGCUUGUGGUUGGGGCAGUGGCCUGCUUGUUGUUGACCUUCCUCUGGCAUGAGACAACCUGGGUGGGUGGGUCCAGGAGAAGCACGGCCCUGUUGGCUCUGAUUUUCUGCCUGGCACUGGUAGACUGCACCUCAUCUGUCACCUUCUUGCCAUACAUGAGUCGGCUCAGACCUGACUAUAUCACUACCUACUUUAUUGGAGAAGGUCUAAGUGGGCUAAUGCCAGCUUUGAUUGCUCUGGGCCAGGGAGUUGGUGUGGUACAUUGUGUAUCUGAAAAUGGAACAGAGGCAAACGGAACUCGGGUGAAUGUGACACUCACUGCACAAUACCAGAAGGCCCACUUUCCUGUGUGGGGUUUCUUCUUGUUCCUGACUGGUAUGAUGAUCACCUCUCUGCUCGCCUUCAUCACCCUAAACCGAAUGCCCAUGGAAAGGGGCCAGAUACAAGACAGGGAAAAUAUGGAGGAAGCAGUGGUAGAGUCAAGGGGUGUGGAACAGAGCCCAAUGAUGGGGGAGCAGGUGGCUAGAGGUGAAGAAAGAACUGGAAAUCUAAAAGGCAAAAGGAGGUACACCUGGUUCCAGGGUCUAUUCAUCUUCCUAGUCCUGGGCUGGGUGAAUGCCCUCACCAACGCAGUCCUGCCAGCAGUGCAGACCUACUCCUGCAUGCCCUAUGGAGGGCAGAUCUACCACCUGGCUGCAUCACUCGCUGCAAUGGCAAAUCCACUGGCAUGUGGUAUUGCAAUGUACCUGCCCGACAGAUCACUUGUAUCAAUGGGUAUCCUGACAGUAACGGGCACGGGCAUUGGUGGCUACAUCAUGGGCAUUGCCAUACUGAGCCCGUGCCCCCCUCUGCUUUACUCCAGCGCUGGGGGCUCCAUCAUUGUGCUGUGCUGGGUGCUGUUUGUGGGGAUCCUCUCUUAUGUCAAGGUGAUUAUUGGGGUGAUCCUGAGAGAUGAAGGACACCGGGCCCUCGUAUGGUGCGGAGCAGUCGUCCAACUUGGCUCAAUGGUGGGAGCGCUCACCAUGUUCCCCCUAGUAAAUGUCUAUAAGCUUUUCCAUUCUGGGGACCCCUGUUCUAACAGUUGCCCCAUGUAGUACUGCCAAACCCAGAUGUGUGUUCCCCAAAUCUCACACCUGUAUGCGCCAGGGUUUGGGGGACAACAGAAAGAGACUUGGGGGUAGAGUAACUAGUAGGGAUGAAUGGGAGAGACCAGUGGUAUAUUGUAUAAGGAAAGGACUGGGGGGCACAAGGGGCUGUUAUAAAAUACCCCUUUAUAAGUCCCCCAGGAACCUCCUCAAGGUUAUAUAAUAGAUGGACCCACAUGGGGAGGGUUUGACUCUAUGUCUGGAGGAGGAGUCACAGGGAAGAGUAACAUGGAGCAACACAUGGAGCUGCUCAGCUGAUAAUGUUCCAUUAUUGUUGUCGGCAUAUGGUCACAUUAUAUUAAAUGGCAUGAUAUAUAUAUAUAUAUAUAUAUACUGUAUAUAGAAAGCAAUAGGGGGACUUACUGGGUCAUUUUAUAAAAGGGGAGAAGUAGAUAUAGGGAAUGGCUCAGGGCCAAGGGCAAAACAUGGACCAAAUGACUUAUAGAGAGGGACUCCAUAUGGAACAAUAGGAGGAGUUAUACUGGGGUUAUACAGGGGUUAAACAGCCAGCAGGAGGGGUUACAUGAGGGAUUGGGAGGGGCUAUAGAGGCGCUACACAUGGAGAAAUGGGAGGAGUUAUACAGCCAGCAGGACGGGUUACAUGAGGGUUUGGGAGGGGCUAUAGAGGCGCUACACAUGGAGAAAUGGGAGGAGUUAUACAGCCAGCAGGAGGGGUUACAUGAGAGGUUGGGAGGGGCUAUAGAGGCGCUACACAUGGAGAAAUGGGAGGAGUUAUACAGAGGACUGAGUGGAGCAGGGCUGGAAAGUAGUUUUGAGUGAAACCAUUUAGGAAGGGGGGGCACUUCCAAAGAACAUUUAUUGUCGAAACCAAUGGAUUAUCAAUCACACACAACAUCACACAAUGACAACUACUUUUCCCAUGGCUUCAAAAUCUGCUCCCCAUUAGUAAAAGUGUAGUGUGACCUGCAGACUUGUGAUUGGCACAGGCACCAGUGUGAUAUAAUAAACAGAACGGGGGGCAAUACUGCUUGGCCUGGCUCUGGAGUGGGGGUAAUAGGGGAAAGGGUGG